GGGGGAGGGGGUGCUUCCUCUCGCGAGAGCUGCGCGAGUUCCGCAUUUCGGAGUGGGGGGCUCGGGUGGGCGGCUCCGGGCGCGCGGCUGGCCGGGAUCGCUCUGUCUGACCGUCCGUGAGUGCGGGUCCAGGGCGCCGCUGCCCCCUCCCUCCCCGGCCGUCCGGCCUCCGCUCCUUUGCGUCCUCCGGGUCCCCCGCGCCUCGCCCCGCCGAGACGAGAUGAGCUUCCUCUUUAGUAGCCGGUCCUCCAAGACCUUCAAGCCCAAGAAGAACAUUCCGGAAGGCUCCCAUCAGUACGAGCUCCUCAAGCACGCAGAAGCCACGCUGGGCAGCGGGAACCUGCGGCAGGCCGUCAUGCUGCCUGAAGGCGAGGACCUCAAUGAGUGGAUCGCCGUUAACACCGUGGAUUUCUUUAACCAGAUCAAUAUGCUCUAUGGGACGAUCACCGAAUUUUGCACAGAAGCAAGCUGCCCAGUGAUGUCUGCAGGCCCCAGAUAUGAGUACCACUGGGCCGAUGGCACCAACAUCAAGAAGCCAGUUAAAUGUUCUGCUCCCAAGUACAUCGACUACCUGAUGACGUGGGUCCAGGACCAGCUGGAUGACGAGACACUUUUCCCAUCUAAGAUUGGGGUCCCGUUCCCCAAGAACUUCAUGUCGGUGGCCAAGACCAUCCUGAAGCGCCUGUUCCGGGUCUACGCGCACAUCUACUACCAGCACUUUGACGCAGUGAUGCAGCUGCAGGAGGAGGCACACCUCAACACCUCCUUCAAGCACUUCAUCUUUUUUGUGCAGGAGUUCAAUCUCAUUGACCGACGUGAGCUGGCCCCUCUUCAGGAGCUGAUUGAGAAGCUUGGCUCCAAGGACAGAUAGAUGGCCGCAGAAGGACGACCCCCAGCCUGACCCAGCCCCUGGUCACUCCUGCUCCAAGGGGUCAUUUCCUCUUGUUCAGUUAGGGUGCCUCAGUGGAACCACACCUCUUUGUCUUGCCUGGAGCCAGACUGGCCAAAGCCUUUGCCGCCUUUGCCCCCUCUGCCUUGGGGCACCCCUGGGGGGCAUCCUGGGUAGUUAAUCAUAGUUAUUUCUUCUGUCACCUGCAGCCUGUUGACUCUCUGGGCUGCUACUUGUUCCCUGGUGGGGGGAGGGGGAGGGCAAGGACUCCAGUGUCCUUCACGGGCUUUUCUUUUUAAGCAGAAAUUCUGAUUCUGGGUCCGACAUCCCCCUUCCUCCUGUUGCUUUUUGCAGUAUUUGAAAUGCUGGGUGGGGAUGGGCCUGGGAUUUAAGACAUCCCACCCAUCAUCAGUAGACUCAGAACUUUGGGAAGAGGUCUUGCGAGACACUUGGGCAGCUUGUCCAGAACUUGGAAAAGGAUUGUUUUAUUGUUCUGCUAGAUCUUUUCUUCUCAAAGUAUGGGGGGGGGGUUGAGGAAAAAAAGAUCGAUGACUAUACUUUUAGAGCGUGCAGGAGUAGGUAAGGUAAGGACUCUUCUGACGGGCUGCCCCUCCUGGGGCCCAGCUCUGCCAGCAGGCAUCAGGUGGCCCGCCAGCGACCACAGGAAUUCGUGGCCAAGACAGGACUUGGGUUUUGGGCACGGACUCCCUCAAGGGAGGGAGCGUGGUGCUUUUUUUUUGUUUUUCCUUAAGUGAAUUAUAGGCUUUCUCAAUAUAGACUUUAGUGUGUGAAAGGGCCCGGUUCCAGUUCACCGAUGCUUGGGAGCUUUUGUGUUCUAGGAAGGUGGGGGCAGGGGGUUGUUUUUUGCGAAACAGAAAUGCCCUGUGUGCAGACGCGGGGCUCAAAGCCACUGUCAUGGUGUUUUUGUUUUUUAAUUUUCCACCACAUUUGCAACGCUGGGUGGGGGGACGAUUCCUCGUGCAUUUAGGACUGCUUGAGUUCUGUUGUUUCAAGUUUGUUUGGUUCUGUUUUGAGUUUUUCUCCAUGCACUUUGAAUGAACCUUAACUGCCUUAAGUAGGCCAUUGGCAUAGGGGGGAAAGGUCCCGGUGGUGGGGACUCCAGGGAAGCCACCGAGAAAGCCCUGCCAUGGGAAGAGGAGCCCGGCAGGUGGGGCAUUGUCUGAAGGGCCACAGUCUAAGGGGCUUCCUCACGACCGUCACCCGCAGGACAAAAGGGGCUGGACCCUGGGGAGAAAGCAUCUCCUUUGUGUGCUUAGUGUAUUUUUGUAUCACAUGAUUCUGGGCAAAAUGUGUUUUCUCUUUGGGGGAAAAAUCUUUUCUAGUUGGUUCCUAAGGGGGAGGACGACGCUGAGUUAGUGGGAGAUGCUGCGGCUUUGCAGCGAAGGAUGUGGCUUCAGGUCCUGCCAGGCUGCCACGGACUUAACCUGGGCGAUCUGGGACAUGGGUCUUCCUUUUUCUAGGCUUUCUUCUUUCUCCUUAAAAUGAGGUAUCAGACUGGCAGUGUAGGGGUUGAGGACGGCUCCGUCUGACCUCUGACAAUGACUGCCUGUGUGACCCUGGGCGCAUCAUCUAGCUUCUGUUGGCCUCAGGUUCCUCAUCUGUAAAAUGGGGGCAUCGGGCUGUAUGCCUUCUGAUGUCCUCUCUGGCUCAAGCUCCAGGAUUCCUGACCCCGGGCUUCCUCAGGGCCGGGGCAGUGGGUGUUAGGCUGGCUUUCCUAGCAUCCCCCCAGUGGGCAGGCCCAGGGUUUGGAGAGGCCACUUGGCAGCCAUCUUGAUGAUGUCCACCAAAAGAGAGAGAGAGAAGUCAUGCCUAAUCAUCCGUUUGUUUGGGUUCCACCUGUUUGUAUCACUUAGUGGAACCAGCCCUGGACCUGGACACACUUACAGAAAAUGUUUGUUAAGGUUUAGAGUAAAACCAUCUAUCUUGACCAAACCCUAGUUGGGAAGGUCCAUCAUCCACCAGGGAGAUCACAGGCCCUCCCACAUGGCUCCCUGGGCAGUCAUCACCCAUGUCUUGCCAAAGAGGAUCCACCCGAUAUGACAGAUGCCUUCCCCUGGUUCCUUUUGCCUUUCCCACAUCGCCGGUGCAGCUGUCCCACCUGUGGGCCCUCACUGCCUUUAUGACAGCUCCCCUCCCUGUCCAGGGCUUCCUCACCAUGGAUCUCACCAUUGCUGGGUCACCUCUCUUUGAUUCUUCUGUGAGCCUGGUCUUUGCUGACCAGAAGAGAGAAUGCUAAAUAUGAACUUUACAAACACAUUUAAUCCCACCAGGACAGAAACCCCAGAGGAUCCAGUGUGGUUUAUUUUUCUUUUUCUAAUCCUCCCCACCCUUUCCACAUCCAUCGUUGCCAGGGUUGUGGUGUUCUGCAGGUGAUUGGAGGGGGGCAGAUUGCUUUCCCCCAUGCAGCGGCAGAUAAUCCGACCAACCCAACAGAGUCCUGCUGCCUGAGCUUUACAGUGAGAAGAUGUCAUCCACAGAGUUUUUGAUCAGGUUCCAUCCUUAACUUUGCAUUGCUUGGCUUGAAAACUGUUUUUUCAAACCUGCAAGAGAGGAAUGUGUGUACCCAGCUGCUGGCUUGGUUUCUAAUCUUUUCUAGUUUUACAUUAAAAUAUGUAGGAAGUCUCCCAUUCUCCUGUAAAAGCUCACCAAGUCAUUAGCAUUCAGUCUGUGGAUCAGAGGUCCAGAAGGGACUAUGGACACAAUCUAUCCCUGCCCACUUCUGUGACGUUCCCUCUCUUUAUAACUGAGAAAAGGAAGGCACAGAAAGGAACAGUGAUUUUCCUGAGGUCACACAGCAUAACCAUGUCAGAGCCUGAGCCUGGGCCUGCAUGUCACAUUCUCUCCCUGGUGCUUAUACUCAGUCCUAAAAUUUCAAGCUGGAAGGGGGCAGUACAGAGGCUCUAACCUCACUGGAGUCAGUGAACUUGGUGUUUUUAUCGGUUUGAAUCACUUGAUUUCAAUAGAAUCAGUUGCCUUUGUAAUCCCAUGUAUGUUAUUUUAUGCAUUUAAAUCUGUGUUUUAAAGGGGUGCCCAGGUUCCAGACUGCCAAAGGGGUCCUUGACAGAAAAGAACAUGAAGAAGCCCUCUAUUUGAUAGAUGAGGUCGGUUCGCAGGCCAGCCUGUAAAGGCGUGGGUAAUGCCUGGGGUAGCUGUUCUAAUACUGGGCACUCCUCCUGGAGGAAGAGUGUCAGCUGGCCAGCUCUUCAUGUGUAGAUCAUUCAUAAGUGCUGCAUUUAUGGGUUAGGGCUUGCCAAAGUCUCAAGGGUCUGUGGAUUGGAAGAACCUCUCUGAAAAGCCACUGGGGGCUUGUAAAAUUAUGCCAUUAAAAUAUGAGACAGGUCCGUUGUGAGUGGGAGCCUGUUAACAGGAUCGUAACUAAAACCAGUGACCUUGCUGACCUUCCCUUGACUGGGAGGAGCCCGGCUAUAGAAGGUACUUGGAGACAGUGAACAGGGUCCCCUUGGUGGAGAGGCUGUAGGGAUAGGUGAAGCCAGAUGAUCUCCAGUGUCCCUUUCUUACUCCUAGAAUAGGAUUUUGGGUACCCAUAUUAACUUACAUGAAGACUGAGGAGAAAGUCUUUGACUAAGACCUAACCAGAAUUAAAAGACAGUGUAAGCCAGUCUGUAGGGCAGAGACAAUAUUGGUGUUAAUGAGAAGUGGUUUCCUCCCUCCCUCCUUCCCUUUCUUCCUGCUGCAGGCUUGCCCCUGGUCCUGGGCAAGUGCAGUUUCCAAAGACAGAGGGAACAGAGCACAUAUAGGCCACUAAUAGUAGAGCUGGAAGUGAUAGAGCCUUCCUCCAGAGGCCUAGUGGGUUUCCCAUUCCUGCUUGGUUUGGUCUUACUGUAGAGAAGGUUCCUGUUUGAGGAUGGGUUAGACUCAAUGGCCCUGAGGUCCUUUCCAUCUGAGAGGUUCUGUGGCCUCCUUGUCCAUCACGCUCCUUACACAGUCAGGAACCAAGGCCAGAGUGGCCACGUGAGCCCCUCGCUGGUGCCCUGUCCAGUGUGUGGGCUUGCUUUUAGCGUCCUAACCGAAAAGCGAAGUAGUUCACGUUUUUUUCUGUCUUCCUGUGUCUUUAUCAGGGCAGCCCCUGGGGAGAAGGGUAGGAAUUAGAAGAGGAGAAGCCACCUUCGAAUGAGAUCUGUCCUAGCUUCAUCUUGAUUUUUAGUGUCAGUUCCAGAAAAUUCUGUAUUCAUUCAAUGAUGUGUUAGAGGGCUAAUUGGAUUGAGGAUAUCACACCUGAAACCCACUUGGGUUCUUUUCUGUCAAUACCACAUUCAGUCUUGGAGAGUGCUCUGUGAAUGAAAACUGGUUGUGAGCAGUGGAAUACGAGGGUGAGACUAGGGCAGUGCCCCAAGUGGCCAGUACGUCCCUCCCACCGAGGCUGAUUAGUGCUCAGCCCCGAUCUGCCACUCCUACAGACGAAUCAAUGCCUUUGGAAGAAGUCUGCCUGAGGUAACCUUGGUUCUGACCCAGCAAGUUUUUAUAAUGUUUUUUACAUCAAUUCCAGAAGCUUUAGUGACUUUCCCUCCGUAAGUUCCCUCAACUUUUUAAAAGAGUGUUUUGUAUCGACUUUUGUAACUUUAUUUUCACUAGAAUAAAGCAUGUGGAAAGAAAA